CGUGAACGCUCUCGCGAAAAGGAGGCGGAACGCCCACGGACCAGAGAGCGUGAACGUUCCCGUGAUAAAGAUGCUGAGCGGUCUCGCGAAAAGGAUCGCGAUCGUCCUCAUGAGAAAGAACGCGGCCGAUCGCGCGAACGAGAUCAGUCUCGUGUACGCGAUAAGGAGCGUGAACGGGAUGGAGAUUCAAGCAGAGUUCAAAGGCGGGAUCGUUCCCGUGACCGAGAUAGAGAUCGAGAACGCGACAGGACUAAGGGUAGAACUGAGAAGAGCUCUCGAAGUCGCCGAUCUCGGUCUCGGUCGAAGCUCAGGUCUGAGGAUGUUCCAAAGACGAAAAGGUCACGAAACGUUGAUCCUAGUCCACCCCGGUCCGAGAAAGAAAAUGGUGACAAGUUCUCAGACGAAUCCGAUUCUGCCUCUGAGCCAGAAGAAGAAUCGGCUGCUGCACAGGAGACAGAAAAAAAAGAGUCGGAAUCCGUAAACGGUAUUUCUCAAGAACAGUCUGAAUUAAAUGAUGGGGAGGAGGAAUCAAAACCAUCUGCUGUCCCAGUUGUCGGUGUAAAAUUGGCUGGGCCUGAAGACAUGGAUGUGCUUCCAUCUCCAGUCAGAACGGUACAAAGCGCUUCACCCGGUGAUAAUAUGGACUCGGAGGAGAAGGAAUCCUCUGACGUCGUUUUAAAAGCAGAAUCCUAG